CUCCUUCCUGUUUUACUUAAGCCCGUGACUUCAGUUUUGUUACCAAUAAGACUAUUUUUUCGUGUACGCCCAGGAUUUGGAGCAUUAUGGAGCGUAAACACACGAACAUCGACGUUAAUGCAACGUGCGACUCAAUUGGGAGAAGCAUAGCUGCAUAGAAAGUAUAAGCAGUGCGUUCUGCCUAUAUCCAUUUGUCUUUGCGGUUAUCAGGACAGUUCCUAAAUGGCAUCGAUUUUGCAUCACUUUGCAAAGGGUUGUUGUUAGAUUGUAAAUCAUCUGUAGAAGACAGGAAAAGUUUCUUCAUUUUGCUUGAAGAGACGGCUCCUGGAAAAAUUUACAUUGCAUCAAGGUAUUUUGCCCUGUGUUUGGAAAUUAAGUUGAUUUACUCAAAACAUGUGGUAAUAUGAUCCACUAUGUUGAUCUUUUUGACUCAACCAGCUGUACCAAAUGAGCUGAACCUUGAAGUCUAUUUUUUAUUAUUCUUAUUUUUGCAAUAUCAAUAUUUACUUAUGAUUUAUCGUGCAGUGCGGGCGGUAUUCUGCAUCUAUCGAUUCACUUGGAAGCCACUACUCGCUACCUAACUUUGUACUUCUCUCUAUUCCAUUUCUCUCUAACACACGAUAUGUUAUGUUUAGCAUUAAAAUGAACCAAAAUACCCGCACAGUGUAGAAUUGGGGGGGGGGGGGCUGAUAAGAAUUUCACCAUCACAAUCAAUAGCACGUUUUAUUGCCACAAUAGUGAUGCAAUUACAAAUCAAAAUUCUGAGACAUGAUAUCCUAAUUUUCUGUGGCCAACGCUAUUUGAGAAUCAUCGAAGUGAUGGAUGAAACCCAACCUCUAAAAUGGACACUGGAUAAUCCUGACUUCAAGAUUCGCCGUUCAUGAGUUUAUUAGCAUCAUUCAUAUAGUAAGAUUCUUCAUCUAUCUGACUAACUGCAGUGCCAUUCUACCUAUUCUAUCUCUAUUUCUAGAAAUAUUCCCCUGCUAUUUCAUAGUUUGUUGAUGGGAACUAAUAAAGCCCUAGUAACAAGUAAUCUAUACAGGAUGUUCCUAUUUGACUUCAUAGAUAGGCCUUCUUCAUAGAUCAUCGAAUGUUUUUUAUCUCCCCUAGUGUUUCUUCAACCAGCCGAUUCCCUUCCCCAAAUUUGAAAAUGCCCCAAGUUAAUAUGCCUCUCCCAGUAACUAGGACAUGAAAAGUACCAAACAUGAACAUAGAUACAAUGAAAAGGACAAAAAACAGCAUGUAAUUAUGGCAGCAAACGAAAAUAGAUAAUCGAAUGAUAUAAAAGCUAUUACCCUGGGUUCCAGAGCGUCUCCUGCAGCACCCUAUUUCCCACUUGACGUCUUGGAACCCAGGGUAAAAAGCUACUGUGUUCACAGACUAGACAUGCAAAGUUUGAAUUCUAUGGUACGAUCAAGCAUGGUAGAUAAAACACCCCUGUGUAACAAACCCCGUGAAAACCGUCUCCCGUGAGAAAUUUUUUGUCCGUGAACUCCGCUUCAGAAAAAUUGCAUGACCCGGACAAGUUACCAUUUUCCCAAGUCCCCUGCAGGCUGAAACCUUUAAAUUUUGUUUUGUUUUCCUGCCAAAAAUGUGCCAAUGUUCCCUUUAAUAGCCCCCUUUGAGGGCCAUUUCCCCGGUCAAAUUUUACGCAUCCUCCGCCGGUACAAGUAAAAUUUACUGUCCACGAUAGCAGAAACAGCUGGAAAAUCAUUAGGCUUGGUUCACAAAAGUUUUUAAGUACUUGAGCUGAAAAUGCUCUUACCAAAAUACUUUAAUGAUGUCGUCGAAAUUUAAAACUCAGAAUGAGGUUUGGAGAUCAUCACUAGCCUCGAUGCAACAACCUGUUUUGAUAAGCAAUUACAGCACUUAACAACUUAUGCAGGUUGUUUGUGUGAAACACCUAAAUUUCAAGUAAUUUCUUAUUAUGUUUGUUGGACACAUUGAUAUUCAGCUCCAACGUCUGUAAUAUGAAUGGAUGGCCGUUUGACGUAGUCGCAGCUAUCGCUCGGUGUUGAAUCAUUUAUAUAAAAUGCAAUACAGAAAUAUAAAGGAUGUUGAUUUUUAUUCAUCGUGUUUCACUCAUUAAUAUGAAUUUUCUUGCAAUUUGCCAUUUGAAAUGGAAAGCCAUUGAUUUCCUCGCCAGGAACCUGAUUCAGUGGGCAGUCCUCCGCUUGAAUGCCUAAGCCAAACUCUCUGUUAGGCCUCCCCUAUUGUACAGAUCUCCUCCUGCUUUUAUUUGCUUUUUACGUUGGUAAUCGCUUUUCUUAGAAACUCACAGGGGAAAGGUUUCUAGUUUUCUUCUUGAAAAACUGAAUACAUCCAAGAAUAGUAUCAGAUUAAUCUAUUGCCUUGCCUCGCAAUUGGCGUUUAUAAAUCUUAUGUUACGUUAGUUCUUUGUCGCACGCCAAUGUAAGCUAUGGUGGAAUCUCUGUAUCUGCAUAUUUCCUCGCUUCAUUUACCCUAGCCAUAAAGAUCUUGCUGUAUGGAAAAUUUCCCAAGGCGCCAGGUUCCUUGAAUGAACUCUUCCACUUUGUUCCUCUUACUCUUUCUUUCAUACAAUAUUUUUCUUCCUCUAUGAAGUGCCAAUUACAGCAUACGCUUUCUUUUCCCAUUUCGUUAGUGAAUGUGUUUGUAAAGAUAAAUGUUCCCGUGGACUUUUAAGCGACCUUGCACGGGAAGAGAAUGUGAAUGAAGGAAUUUCUAGUUACUGUGACACUUGCUCUAACGAAACAUUUUGCAGAUAAUGAUAGAGCCCGUUCUUGACUUUUAAACCGAAUACCAAAGUAUUUUUGCUUCUCUCAGAUUAUCUAAAAUCCUCCUCUUUUGUUUUAUUAUAAGCUAGAAGUUUUCUUCUCUGCGCAGGGAGAUAGACAUGUGACCUACAGAUAUCAGUAUCUAUCGUGUUUUUAAGUCCUCCAGUGGAAAAAGCUUAAGACACGCUAGAAUAUAGUGGUUACAGGUGCUUUACCUAUCUUGCGCUAUAUUGCUGCUAUUUUGAACAGAAUUGUGAACUCACAAGGAGAAAGUACAUUAUCUGCAAAGCACAAUAUGUUUUUCUGUUAUCAGUAUGCACGCGGUGCAGCUUGUUGCGGUUAAGUUCUCGACGUGGGUAGAUUGCUGCCGUAUAUUCAAAUAAGGCCCGUCCUUUGCCGAAUGUCGAUUGGUAUUGUUAUGAAGUUAACAGUGGCAGCCGCCUGUUCAUUGACGCCACCUGCUCAAAGCCUUUUAGAAUUUAUUCGUUAAUGAAUCUUUUUAAAUUUUGCAAAAUCAGAGGCAACUAGUUCUUGAACCACAGGGGGAAUCUCGUUGGUGAUAUGGUGAAAGAAGCUCAGUUUCUCCAUGCUCCCUUUAUCUCUUUAGAACGUUUUUGGUCGUACUUUAGCUGUUCUUCUCGUUUUUAGAUUUGAUUGGAUCUUGCUACUAUUCCUUUUUCAAAUCCUUCUUUGUUACUCUUCAAGUAGACUUAAGGUUAGCCACAUUUAGGUUCUGUAGGGGGAAUCAAUUUCUUCCAGCCCCUUUAUUGCUAUCAGUUGUAGUCAAUUGUUUUGUGGUAUAAAGACUGUCUUUAGUCAAUAUCGUGAACUGUAAAAGAAAACAUCUUCCUCUCAAGAUAAAGUUAUUGGCGUAGGUUGGAGGGUUGUCAGGUACAAAAACUGCCCUUUUCACGUAAAUUUUCCUUAUUACUUGAUAAUAUCUUGUAGAUUACCUUUAAUCUGCUUGAAAUAUGGUGGAAAUUUGCUCGAAAUCGUGAAAGCUCUAAUUGAAGGGCGCUUUCUGCCCCCAAGAGAUUUUUAUGAUCAACCGUAUCGUGGUAUGAACAACCUGUAUCAACCCGUCUGCGAGUCCUUUAAAAGACAGUAAACCCUUAGUCAAAAGAAAACCUCUUCAAAAGGACUUGUCAGCAAAUACGUCACUAACUGAGAAAGUCUACACAAAAUAUGUUUACAAAGUAAAACGCGUCCCUUGAUAAAAUGACGGGAUUAAAAACUAUCGUUUAAAUGGACCAACCUGCAAUAGUAAUCAAUCCAUUCAGCACUACCUUUGUAAACUAGAACAGACUUUUCUUUUGCUCAAAAUCAACGCAGGUAACUUGUGGCUGUCUUUAAGGCAGAGUGUCGAUCUGCUUUUCUGCACGAUGUCCUAGGAAUCUUCAUCAUUCACAAACGUUUGGUGUCUUUUGGGAGUUAAUUAUGAGAAGUCACCAGAAGCUCAUUAUACUGUGGACAUGAUGGGAUUUUAUGGAAAUGUUUUUCUUUGCAUCUAAAGUUGAGUAGGUUUACCAACAGAGACUCAAUGCUCUCAGCCAUUCACUGACACUGAUGAAGAUUCGUGGGAGCGAAUACGGAACAUGGAGCAGGCGAGGCAGAUUUCAGCAAUGCAAAAUCAUAUAGCGAACUUGCAGUCGAAAUUAGAAUCUUUUGAUAACCACAACAACAACACGGGGACUUCAGAUGCACAGGGUGACCCUAGUAUAAAAACGGAUGUUACGGAAAACUUUGCACUAAAAUCUGAACAAGUAACGAAGGAUUCAGUUAUGGUUGAGAGAAAACGCGAGUUGAGCCUUCCUGAAGAUGAUUCACAGGAUAGUGGAGAGGAAAUUUUCGUUUAUGUCGACGAGGAUGAGUCUAACCCGAAAGAAGGCUCUAGCCGGGAAUUCAAUUCAUCGUCUGAAUUGCCAUGUACAAUUAUUAAAAACACAGACUCUAAUGGAACUGAAUUGAAUGAUUCUACUAAUAGUGUGAAAUAUUCCACGAAAAAAGUUACUUUUGACGAUGAAGCGAUAGAGAAGAAACCAAACAACCAAGAAAUUAAUUUUGAAGACAUUACUGACGAUGUAUGUCAAUUGGAUCAAAUAGCCUUGUCUAAUAACUUUGAAGAUACUUUUGUUGGUGCACAAGAUACUUUUGAAGAUAAAACUGAAGAAGAGAUCUUGGCUGCAGCAGCUGAAGUAGAUUCGUCAGAAAAAGGCCGUGGAGAGUUCAUGUCCGAUCAGAUGGGAAAUAAAGGAGAAACACGCUCGUUUGAAAGUCUUUCAAGCGGCAGUAAUGCAGCAAGUGUAAUUGGAGUUACUUUAGAGGAUGCUGCGGUGGAUAGGUGGACUGAUGUGAUGCAUUCACCAGAGGAAUGUGCCGAGGCGAACGUCGCCUUGAGGGAUGACAACCCGGAUUUGACUAAGAUUAAUGGGGAAUUAAAAGACAGGAUCGCAGAAUUAGAGGAACAAGUAUGGCUGGCAGCCGAGGAUAAACGAAAUAUGCAGGCUAUGCUGGAAAUACAAAAAGAGCGUGCUUUAAAGAAUUUGGCCUUCAAAUUUCAAGAUAUCAAUAAGAAAACACUUCGAGAAUUGAAGAGUAUAUUUGAGUACCGCCUACAGGAACUGAAUGAAGAGAAAGUAAAGCUGCAAGAAAGGCUUGAAAACCACAAAUGCGACGUGGCUCAGGCUGCAGAAGAGUGCCAAAUCUGUGUCACAUUAGAAGAGAGCGUGCAAGUGACAAACGAAAAAUGCUCGAAACUGGCCGAAGAAAAUAUAGUUUUAAGAAAACGUUGUCGAAAAUUGAGUGGCGAUCUUGGGAAAGUUAAAAAGGCCAUCGGGGCCUUACAAGUAGCGGAAGAACAUUUGGUCAACGAAAGAGGCACACAGACUGAAAAUUUAGCUGUUGAAGUACGAGAUAUGGGCAUUCAGUGCCAAGAGUCACUUGAAACCUCGAUUUACGUUUUGCAUGAUGACGUCAAAGCCAUUGCUGCAGGUAUGACCUCGUUAUCAAAUCACAUAUUGAAUGAGCAGAAGCAAUGGGUUGAUAAUAGCAGCAACCAGUCUCUUGCUGGUGAUAGCCCUUUUCCUACGAUUAACGAAGACUCUGGCAACGAGAGCUCACGAUUAUGCGCGAGCAAAAGUCGUUCCGAACAUGACGAAAGCGAACUUGAGGACGAUAGCAAUUUGAGUUGCUCCGAGAACUCAUGUGACAGCGAUAAAAGUGGCGAAUUAAGAACUGAAGGGUCUAAGGAUUCAUCAAGAAUAAUUGACGAUGUGGACUCAGGAUUUUUUUGCAGUGACAUCUCUGAAUGUGAAAUUGAGAAACAUCUUGACAAAAUCCAUCAGAAAUAUAUAAAAAUAAGUGAAGAAUUAGAAGAUUACGAGAGGUCGAAGCUACAACGAGAUCAUCUACAAUAUAAGGCUGAUCAGCUGACAAUUCCUUCGAAGAUGUUUGAGCUAGAUCCUGAAAUUAUGAAAAUUGUGGAAGAUGUAAAUAGACAAUAUGACGAAUACUUUAGAAAUAAGGUUGUGUUGUAAAAUUCCGAGCCAUGAAUUAAUGUAGUCACAUAUUUGAAGCUAAAGUAAACAUAUGUAAUGAUUCUUUGUAAUAUAUCUAGUGAAUUGCAACGGCUUUUAAUAUCGUAGAAUUUGAGAGUUUUAAAGCAGUUUAUUGCCAGUCGAGAUUGUGUACAGCAUCAAGCUAAAAAGGUGAAGUUCUCAUCAUUGUUAUCAUUCGCAUUGACUUCGAAGCAAGUGGUACAGUGUUAGGGAGGCCUAGGGAGCUGAGCACCCUUUUUAAUGCGAAAAUAUAAUCAAUUUAUACUUUUUUUAUUGUUUUUAGCAACAUGAUGUGCAAGAGCCCACCUUGUUAUUUUGAUAGCACUACACCAGUGCUGUUACAAAGGUCUUUGGUCGUUGUCUUUGUUGUGCUGUAAUUGUUUCUGUAAAUAUCUCGUUAGUUUGCUAACUUCAUAUUCUGCCAUUAUUUUGUCCUUGUCAUCAUUAGUUACGCCUGUGGUUGCUGUCAUCCUUGUUACUUCAUUAUGGCAUUGGCCACCUUCAUCAUUUUCAACGCUUCCUACAAUUCUGCUGAAAUAAACCAAAAUUUUCUUAUACUCUCAUACUCUUAAUCGGAGAAAGGUACGCAGGAGUCGGAGAAAAAGGUUGAAGUAUAUUUCAAAGUAUUUGCUGUUAACUUCGGAACUGUGAACAUCGAAAAACUUCAAUUUGAAAAGUUACAAUACAUUUCCUUUGUUGUUUGUAGAAACACCGUUUUGUUUUCUUGUUGUUUCCAAAAAUUCAACAUUUCUAUUCUAACUGCCUUUUAAAGAUUCUGUCAUUAUUUUGGUCUUUGACAUCCUUUGUCACCUGUUGUUAUUCUCGUCCUUGUUAUUGAUGUACUUCGUUAUGGUGUUGGUCAUUUUGUCUUCACCGUUGUCUUUGCCUCCUAAAACUACUGCUAGAAUCAACUAAAAUGAAAAUUUAGAGUUUUCAUUUCAUACUCUGAUUGAAAAGUGGCAGAAUAAAACCUGAAAUAUGUUUCAAAAUGUUUGCUAUUAUCAAAGCCAUUUUUAAAUUCUGAACCCGCAGAAAUUGUUUAGAAGCGAAUGCUGCUAGUUUUCAGUGGUCAACGAUUUUUUAAAGAAGGUUGAUGCUGAUUGGCAUUUUCAGUCCUCGUCGGUAAAACUGUGAACAGAUUCAAUACAUUAAUUUUGUAGGGACUCAGUUGUAAUUUUUUCGGUUCAGCAUUGUAAUGAAGUGCUCUUUAUAUCCAGUGUGUUGUUAUACUUCAUUAUCAAUUCUAUUUAACAAAAUCUCUUUGUUUGGCGUCAAAAAGCCCCGUCAAGUGAUUUUCUAAACGAUUUUUGCUUGCACUGGCCUUUGUUACAGUCGUUGACUGUGUGACCAUGUUUUCUGGGAUCUGGAUGAAUCUGCCAGAAAGCUGAAAAGGAGAGUCAUCACACAUAAAGACCCAUUUGUAGCUUCAAUAUGAAGGCAUUUUUGAUCUAAUCAAACAAGUCACUACUAGUCAGCAACAUGUAUUGCUGAGAAUAAAACAUAAGUUUUUGUUAAUUUCCUUUGUAAUUAGCGCAACCCUGUUUUCUCCAGCCAGCUUGGUACAGCUCUUCGCACCACUUCUUGUGUC